CCCAAUUUCCCCUUCUCUUCUCUCAUUUCGCUUCGCUUCCCGCUAGCUCUCCGAAUUCGCGACGCCACCGAGCAAUUCGUGUGGGAGAGGGGGAUCGGAACCCUAACCCUAGCUGUGGGGGGGUGAGGGUGUUGUAUGGUGGGGCGGAUGGGCUGAGGGUUUCUGGUGGGGGUUGAUUGGAGUUGGGUUGGGGGUGGGGUGGGGUAUGGGUGGUAGGAGGAGGAGGAGGAGGGCGGCGAUGGAGGGGGAGGAGGAGGAGGUGGUGGGGGUGAGGAAGCGCGUGGUGCGGAUCAUCUUCCGCGACGAGGACGCGACUGAUUCGUCGAGUGGCGAGGAGGAGGAGGGGGAGGAGGAGGCGAGGCGGGUUGCGAUGAAGCGCUCGUGGCUGCGGUGCCAUGAGGUGGAGAGGAAGUUCACCGGCGUGCGGCUGAGGCCGUGGGGGAAGUGGGCGGCGGAGAUCCGCGACCCCAAGGACCGCAGCCGCCGCCUGUGGCUCGGCACCUUCGACACCGCCGAGGCCGCCGCCGCCGCCUACGACGACGCCUGCGUCCGCCUCCGUGGCCCCGGCGCCGCCCUCAACUUCCCCUCCCGCCGCUGCGUGGCUCCGGUCCCGGCUCCUCCAGCUCCAGCUCCACCGCCCCCGCCGCCGCCACCGACCGAGGAGGAGGAGAAGAAGGUGCCACUGCUUCCGCCGCUCCUGCCUCCGAGGAAGAAGCCGCUGCUGUUCCCGCCGCCGCUGCCUCCAAAGAAGAAGCCGCUUCCACCACCGCCGCCGCCGGAGAAGGAGAACACCCCGCUCCCGCUGCUGCUACUUCCUCCGAAGAAGAAGCCGCUUCCGCCGCCGUCGCCGACGGCGGCAGCGAAGCUCGAGCCCCCGGAGUCGGCGGCAGCGGCGGCGCCUUUCGUCCCCAAGCCUGUCUGGCCCCUCCUGGCCGCCGGGAAGCGCAAGAAGCAGUCGGGCUGCGGCGGCCGCAUCCCCGCCCUCAACACCGCCUCCGCCGCCGUCGAGGAGACCGGCCGCGCCUGAUCCUCCCCGACCUGCCAUGCCACCAACAACCAACUCGAAAUCUCCCACCCACCCAAAAAAAAAAAAACCAAAAAAACAAAUAACACAAACCAUCCUAAUGUGAAAAGCUUAGUGAUCAUUCCUUUUGAUAUGAUUCGAUGCUGUUAAUCUCAUCUGAUGCUAUCAUCUCUGUACAUACAUAUCUUUAGGAAUCUGGGAGAAGAGCUCAUCAAAACUGAUCUGUAAUAUUACUUUAGUGUUCUGUAAUACACCACCUGAUGAAACCAUCUCAUCUCAUGUAGUGGUAAGCCGUGACAUUUGUGUUUUGGCAUUUGUAAUCGAUCGAUUCGAAGAAAAUUUGUGGAAAAGAAUCGAGUCAGGAUUGAUUCAAAA